AUGAAUUAUGAAUCCUAUCAUAACAUGACAAGUAAUCAGAAACAUCGUAUAUGCAAUGGUGAUGAAUUACAAGAAACAAUUAAUCAAUUAGAGCGUAAAAAACUACAAUUAUCAAGUACAAAUAAUAAUAAGCAAAGCGAAUGUAAAAUGAACAAUAACAAUAUUACAGUAACAAACUAUGCAUUGAACUAUGCUGCAGAUUAUCAAUAUCCACCUUUCAAACUAGAAUGUGAACCAAAAUCAAAUGAUAAAAAACAAGAUGAAAAAUUAGUUAAUGAAUUGUUAAAAUAUAUUAGGAAUGAUUUUUUAUAUGAAAAUCUCUCUUUUUCAAAACCAAUUUUAGUUGAUACAUGGUGGAUUGAUUUUGAAGGAAAUAUUCAAUUGAUUAUUAAAACAACAGAAUUAUACGUGUAUUUAUGUAAGAAAGAAAGGUAUCCAAGUGAAUUAAUUAAUAUUAAUAUUAAUCCAAUAUCAACAACACAUUUACCUCCGCUACACACAAUCAUUUUAAAAUAG